UUUUGGGACCAUUGAGUUUCAAGGAGGCGGUCAUUCCAACAAAGCCAUGUACGUUCGAGUAUCCUUUGACACGAAACCUGAUCUCCUUCUACACCUGAUGACCAAGGAAUGGCAGCUGGAGCUUCCCAAGCUUCUCAUCUCUGUGCACGGAGGCCUGCAGAACUUUGAACUCCAGCCAAAGCUCAAGCAAGUCUUCGGGAAAGGUCUCAUCAAAGCGGCCAUGACGACCGGAGCCUGGAUAUUCACUGGAGGGGUUAACACAGGUGUCAUUCGCCACGUUGGGGACGCCCUGAAGGACCAUGCAUCUAAGUCUCGAGGGAAGAUAUGUACCAUAGGCAUCGCCCCCUGGGGAAUUGUGGAAAAUCAAGAGGACCUCAUUGGAAGAGAUGUUGUGCGGCCAUAUCAGACCAUGUCCAACCCCAUGAGCAAGCUCACUGUGCUCAACAGCAUGCAUUCCCACUUCAUUCUGGCUGACAACGGCACCACCGGCAAGUAUGGCGCUGAGGUGAAGCUGAGGAGACAACUGGAAAAGCACAUUUCCCUCCAGAAGAUAAACACAAGAUGCCUGCCGUUUUUCUCUCUUGACUCCCGCUUGUUUUAUUCAUUUUGGGGUAGUUGCCAAUUAGACACAAUAGGAAUCGGUCAAGGUGUUCCGGUGGUGGCGCUCAUUGUGGAAGGAGGACCCAAUGUGAUCUCCAUCGUCUUGGAGUACCUUCGAGACACGCCUCCUGUGCCAGUUGUUGUCUGUGAUGGGAGUGGACGGGCGUCUGACAUCCUGGCCUUUGGGCAUAAAUAUUCAGAAGAAGGCGGGUAG